CAGACGACUACAGGAGGGUUUGGGGAGGUAAAAAUCAACGCUAGUGGCAGGCAUGGCAGAGGCAGGAAAUGGGUCUCCUACUACUGUUCCCCAGAAACUCGGUGAUGGUUCUCCUAUUGGAGUUUUAGAUGACAGAGAUGCAGGCAUUGUCGAAGACCAGCCGACAGAAGGCAAAAGCAGUUCGAACUAUCAAUUGGAAGCACAUACUGAUAAAAAACGUUACGUAUGUGGAGAAUGUGGGUACAGGACACCUUGGAAGCAUAACUUAUCUCAACAUAUGAGAAUUCAUACAGGUGAAAAACCCUACAAGUGUGACCAGUGUGACUAUUCUGCAAGGAACAGAAGCGGCCUUGAUAAUCAUCUAGCCAAACACACUGGUGACAAACCCUACAUGUGUGGGGCAUGUGGUUACAGAGCACUUUUGCACUCAACCCUGUCACAACACAUGAGGACUCAUACCGGUGAAAAACCCUACAAGUGUGACCAGUGUGAUUAUUCUGCAAGAAACAAAUGCAAUUUGGAUUAUCAUCUAGCCAAACAUACUGGUAACAAACCCUACAUGUGUGGGGAAUGCGGGUACAGGACAACUAAAAAGUGUCACUUAUCUAAGCAUAUUAGAAUCCAUACUGGUGAACGCUACAAGUGUGACCAGUGUGACUAUUCUGCUGCGCAGAAAUCCACAUUGGACGGCCAUCGAGCAAAACACACCGGAGAGAAACUUUUCAUGUGUGGGGAGUGUGGGUACAGGACAGCUUAUAGGCGUCAUCUAUCCAGGCACAUGCUGGUUCAUACUGGUGAAAAGCCCUACAAGUGUGACCAGUGUGACUAUUCUGCUGCACGGAAAUCCAGUUUAGACAGCCAUCUUCUCAAACACGCUGGUGAGAAACCCUACAUGUGUGGGGAGUGUGGGUACAGGACAGCUGUCAAGAGUCACCUAUCCAGGCAUAUGAGAACUCAUACAGGUGAAAAACCCUACAAGUGUGACCAGUGUGACUAUUCUGCAGCACGGAAGUCCAGCUUAGACAGCCAUCUUCUCAAACACACCGGUGAGAAACCCUACAUGUGUGGGGAGUGUGGGUACAGGGCAACGCGAAGGUUUUACUUAUCCCAACACAUGAGAAGGCAUACAGGAGAAAAGCCCUACAAGUGUGACCAGUGUGACUAUUCUGCUGCACAGAAAUCCACCCUGAAAAGCCAUCUACUCAAACACGCUGGUGAUAAACCCUACAUGUGUGGGGAGUGUGGGUUCAGGACAACCCAAAGGAGUCACCUAUCCAGACAUAUGAAAAUCCAUAGUGGUGAUAAAACUCUUCAAGUAUGACCAGUGUGAUUAUUCUGCUCCACGGAAUCAUCAUUUGGACAUCCAUAUUGCAAAGCACACUUGUGACAAACCCUAUCUUACAAGUUUGGAGAAUGAGGGUACAACUGAAAAGACAACUGAAAAGUCUGCCUUAUCCAAACGUAUGAGAACCCAUUCCGGUGAUAACCCUACAAAUGUGACAAGUGAUUAUUCUGCUGUACAUAAAUCCAGCUUGGACAGCCAUCGGCUCAAGAACACCGGUGAGAAACCCUACAUGUGUGCGGAUUGACGGUACAGGACAACUCGAAAGGGUGCCUUAUCCAAUGUAUAAGAAUACUGAUAUAUAUAUAUAUAUAUACAUACAUGUAAAAUAAGGCAUACAAAUGUGACCAUUCUUUUAUCAUUUUUCUUCACAGUAGUCCACAUUGGUACC